CGAAGCAGCGGGCAGGCACGACCGUCCCGUUGGCAUCUGCCGAGGCUCAAGUCGGUGUCCUCUUGCGAUGCGCUCCAGCCGGGUGCAAAGACCAAGCGGUCCGACGAGGAAGGUACCUACCCCGGACCCUUGACGUACCUCUUGUCCGCAUACGUCCGUAAUGUGGUGUAUAUAACGAACUUGCUUUCUGGCUAGGCCACUUUUCAUAUCCACGUCGCUCUUUCUGUCCAUCUGCUUGUUAAUUUAUUGCAGUCCUCUGUCGAUUUAUCCCCGAGCUGAUUCGGGAGUACCUUUCCUUGUCUUGCCCGUUUCAAACACCAGUGAGCGAGCCCGGUCAAUUCAGCCUGGCCGGUCGCCAUGUCGUCCCCGGUGUUCGAAAUUAAGGAGCACAUCAUUGACGCCUCACACAUCAGAGAGUACCCGCGAGCCACAGCCCACUCCCAGGAGGAGGUGCUCAAGGUCGCCGUCAAGCAGUACAUACCCAAGAGCAACCCGAACCCGCAGCCCGGCGACGUCACCGUCAUCGGCGUGCACGCCAAUGGCUUCCCCAAGGAGCUGUACGAGGCCAUGUGGGAGGACCUGGUGUCGGCAUCGGCCGCCCGCGGCUUCCGCAUCCGCGCCAUCUGGAUCGCCGACAUGGCCUGGCAGGGCGUGAGCGGCGCGCUCAACGAGGGCCGGCUGGGCAGCGACCCGUCGUGGUCCGACGCCUCGCGCGAUAUGCUGCACAUGGUCAACGUCUUCCGCGCCGAGAUGCCGCGGCCCCUGGUCGGCGUCGGCCACUCGUUCGGCGGCGCCAUCGUCGCAAACGCCGCCUUUAUGCACCCGCGCCUGUUCGAGGCCCUGGUGCUCAUGGACCCGGUCCUGAUGCACUUCCGCUCCAUCGAGCCCCAGGUCGUCGGCGGCGGGCCCCAGGUCGCCUCGGCCGCCCGCCGCGACCUGUGGCCGUCGAGGCGCGACGCCGAGGCCUCGUUCCGCCGCUCCCCCUUCUACCGCACCUGGGACCCGCGCGCGCUCGACGCCUGGUGCCGCCACGGCCUCCGCGACUGCCCCACGGCCCUGUACCCCGACGCGCCCGCCGGCUCCGUCACCCUCGCCACCACAAAGCAUCAGGAGGUCUUCACGUACCUGCGCCAGCGCGCCCAGCGACUGGACCCGGCCACGGGCCGCUUCGUCUUCGACCGCGCCCUGCUGCGCGACAUCCAGCCCGCCAUGCUGAGCGAGCUCCCCGACUACGACUUCUACCAGCCCGACAGCGACCGCGUCUUCCGCCGCCUCCCCGACGUCGCGCCUGGCGUCCUGUGGAUCUUUGGCAGCACCAGCAACCUCAGCACCCCGGCCCUGCGCGCCGAAAAGCUGGCCGCCACGGGCACGGGCGUCGGCGGCAGCGGCGGCGUCGCGGCCGGCCGCGUCGCCGAGCACGUCGUCGAAGGCGUCGGCCACCUCGUCCCCAUGGAGAGGCCGACCGUCUGCGCCGAGCAGGCCGCCGCCUGGAUCGGCCGCGAGAUGGAGCGCUGGCGCAAGGAGGAGGAGGACCUCCAGGCCUGGUGGCGGAAGCCGGAUCGGGAGAAGUGGACCAUCGACGACCAACUCAAGGCCAUGAUCGGGCAGCCCAGGAGGUCCAAGUUGUAACUUGUUCUUGUUGUUGGGCUAUACGUGCAUCCAUGUACUAUAUCACCUUUCUUUUUCUCAAGUGGAGACACUUGAGCGUUUGUGUUUGCUCCAGGGGGUGGGAUGGAUCCCUGCUGAUAGAUGGGCUGUAUCAUCUCGUGUCGUAUCAAGUUCCAAGACUAGACUCCCCAUACCCAGACUAGAAGGGCUCUAAAUUGCAAUAUCGUCCCGAUACAAGUUCCUAUUAUGUAUGGCCUGCCUCUCUGCCAACAAAAACCACUCACAGUUCAUCCGCUUCCAACAUGCUCAAGUCCC